AUUAUGCUCAAGAUAUUGUAAUUGUUAAAUUCUCCUAAUAUAGGAAACCGCUUGUACCGUAAAUUAUACAAGUCUGAGACUACUCCAACGGCACAUGUCUGAACCUUUCUCACCGAUCUCUAUAGACUCUGUUACGCGCUUUUGAAGUUCCUUCUAUGGUUUUAAGAAACAAUAGUGUUUAUAUAUAAGCUCAUGUUUCUUUUAUUUUCUUCAGAAGCUGAGGAACACAUGCAUACACACAUAAGUUGAAAGCUUGCUUGAACCUGUUUUUGAGAACCCAGUUUCUCUUAUUCUCUUGUGACUUGUGGGGUGGCUCAAAGUAGUGGUCUUUGGUGUUUUUCUAUAUAUCCAUGAAUAGUUUGGUUGCGUUGUCUUCAUGGGUCUGCUUUGGAGGUUUGACCAUGGCAGCAAGUGAAAGUAGUGGCAGUUCUAGAGACCUUGACCAGACACCAACGUGGGCCGUUGCUGUUGUUUGCACUGUUUUCAUUUUGAUAUCCUUUACACUUGAGAAGAGUCUUCACAAAGUGGGCACGUGGCUAGGACAAAAGCAAAAGAGGGCUUUGCUGGAGGCUCUAGAGAAAGUCAAGGCUGAGUUGAUGAUUUUAGGUUUCAUUUCACUGCUUUUGACUUUCGGGCAGAGUUACAUUGUCAAAAUAUGUAUUCCUGCAAAGGUUGCAAACAAAAUGUUGCCAUGUCCAUAUAAAUAUAAGGGUGCUGACAAAGCUUCAAAUAGUGAAGAGGGGCAUCAUAGGAAACUUCUGUCUUAUGAACGUAGAUAUUUAGCUGCUGAUACAACCUCGUUCAAAUGCAGCAAGGAUGGACAUGAACCACUUCUAUCUGUGAAUGGAUUGCACCAAUUACACAUCCUCAUAUUCUUCUUAGCAGUGUUUCAUGUGCUUUACAGUGCCGUCACAAUGCUACUUGGUAGACUGAAGAUUCGUGGAUGGAAGGCAUGGGAGGAAGAGACUUUAACUCACGGGUAUGAGUUUGCCAAUGAUGCUUCAAGAUUCAGGCUUACUCAUGAAACAUCAUUCGUGAGAGCCCAUGCUAGUAGUUUUUGGACAAGGAUUUCUGUCUUCUUCUACAUUGGCUGUUUUUUCAGACAGUUUUAUAGGUCUGUCCGCAAGACUGAUUAUCAAACUUUGCGCAAUGGCUUUAUCACUGUCCACUUGGCUCCUGGAAGUAAAUUUAAUUUCCAAAAGUAUAUCAAAAGAUCCUUAGAAGAUGACUUCAAGGUAGUAGUGGGAGUCAGUCCUGUCCUCUGGGCAUCAGUUGUAGUUUUCCUGCUCAUAAAUGUUAAUGGAUGGCGUACUGCAUUUUGGGCAGCCUUUGUUCCUGUUGUUAUAAUUUUGAUUGUUGGAACAAAACUUCAGGCCAUAAUGGCAAAGAUGGCUCUUGAAAUCACAGAAAGACAAGCAGUUGUACAAGGAAUGCCUCUUGUUCAAGGCUCAGACAAAUACUUUUGGUUUGGUCGGCCCCAGUUAGUUCUUCAUCUAAUCCAUUUUGCUUUAUUCCAGAAUGCGUUCCAAAUAACAUAUAUCUUGUGGACAUGGUAUUCUUUUGGGCUGAAAAACUGUUUCCGUGCUGACUACAAACUUGGAAUAUUGAAAGUAGCUUUAGGGACUGUGAUGCUAUGCCUCUGCAGCUACAUCACCCUUCCAUUAUAUGCUCUUGUAACUCAGAUGGGUUCAACGAUGAAAAAAGCAGUAUUUGAUGAUCAAACAGCGAAGGCUUUAAAGAAAUGGCACAUGACAGUGAAGAAGAAGAAGGGAGCAGUGAAGUUAGGAGGAAAAUCCACAGCAAGAAGCGUUGAUGGAAGCAUCAAUGGUUCCUCAGUGCAUUUCGCUGGUCCCACACUACACCGUUUUAAAACUACCGGCCACUCAACCCGCUCUUCAACAUAUGAUGAUGACGAUCAUCAUCAUCAUUAUGAAUCUGAUGUUGAGUUGUCUUCCAUAUCACCAACAACCAACCUGCUUGUAAGAGUGGAUCAUGGUCUUGAUGAGCAACAAGCACAAGAAGACACACACCAUAACCUUAGUGAGGGUGAAACCAAUAGUGAAGGUGAAUUCACAUUUGUCAAACCUCACCCUGUGGAAAGAACCAUGAUAUAGAAUCAAAGGUUAACUCCAUUUUCAAUUUGUUUUUUGUUUUUUUGGUGGGUAUACGGAUGUCUUUUGUCUUCUUUAGAAUUUACACACACUUUCUAGAUUACGGUAUUUGUAAACUUUGAGAUGAUCACUUCUGUACAUUCUUGUUCAUAAUUCCCUUGUGGUUAUGGAAACUUUGAUUACCUCUCAUCAAUUCCAUGCUUUUAAGAUUGAUACUUUUG